CUACCAGUACCAGCCAUUCCAACCACUUACCUAUCACUGGGAAAUGACAGCAUUAAGGUUGUGACUAAAAAUCUAACCUGGGAAGAUGCUAAGAAACAUUGUGAAGGAGACAAGGCCAACCUGGCUAGUCUGCGGAGAGAUUGGACACAGGCCUAUGUCGAGCUGCAAUCGAUGAAUCUUAAAACUCCUCUUUGGAUUGGACUGAACAAAGAGCAGACCGGUGGUUACUUUAAAUACAUUGAUGGCUGGCACCUCAACUUUGCCAGCUGGGCUGAAGGUGAACCAAGGACAGGUCUCCCUUGUGUGUAUGUGGAUGUGGAUGGACAAUGGAAAACGGCUCUUUGCAAUCAGACCAUGAACAGUGUUUGCAUGCAGUCUAUAGAUGUUCCACCAACACAGUCAACCAUAUUCCCGGGAGUUUGCCCAGAAGACACGACAGUGGAAUACCAGCAGACUGCUUCCUGGCUGCCGUUUAAGGGUCAUUGUUAUUUGUUCAUGACAGAAGAAAUUGAAUGGGCAGAUGCAGCGAGUAGCUGUGUACGGCACGGUGGAAUCCUGGCUAGUAUCGAAGACCCUGAAGAGCAACAGUUCAUUAAAAGCAAUGUUGAAAUAUUUCAAGACAGCGUCAGUGCUUUCUGGGUUGGCCUGUUUAAGACUCAUAAAGGGAAAUGGUUGUGGUUGGAUAAAACAGUCAUGGACUACACAAACUGGGGCCCUGAUGAGCCUGAAAAUGACUAUGGAGAGAUCGGAGCAUCAGAUGGCGCUUGGAGGACGGGUCGGAGAUGGCACGACCGAGGAUACAUCUGUGAAACACCAAAAGUGACACCUCAAGAUCCAGGAUCAAAAGCUGAGCCUAUUGAAGGUCAGGACCCCCGCAGUCGGGUCCACACCAGUUUGAUAGUGGUGCUGAUCAUUACUAUCACUUCUACACUGAUGGCUUUUGCAUUCUUCCUCUACAAGAAGGCCCCUCGAGCCUUACCAACUUUUGAUAAUCCACUCUACUUUGGCAGUGAAAGAUCGCAGCCUGAUGUUGUUGACACCAACAAACUGAUAGAAAAUGCAGAGGUAGAAAACCCUGAGCCAAUUAUAGCUCUGUGAUCUCUAGUAGGAAAUGUAACAUACCGUUCUGUAUCCCAGAAACCCACACUGAUGUAUUACACUUGGAUGCUUCAUUUGUGUUUUUGCUCCUUUUUUAUGCAUGAUACAGUUUAUAUUCAGUUAUUUAAUGUCACUAUAGGUGUCCGUUUCAACUGAGUUGGCAACGUCUGACCUCAUGAAACAGAACAGUUUAGGCUUGAGAAUGUCUCAAUGGAAAUGACUUGUAUUUGAUUUUUUAUUUAUAUAUAUAUAUAAUUGAAUGUAUAUAUUUGAAGUUUGAUUAUGCUAACUGGAUGAUGUUUAUUGCUUGUACUCUUGACAUAUGUAAAAACACAUUACUGCUUGUCACAUGUUGAUGUUACAUGUACAUUAAAUCUGAUGAAAUAAGUAGA